CCCAAAAGACAACGGAACCGUAAUAAUACUCCUUUCCCAACUUCCAGAAGUUUCUUUUCCAGACUAUAAAGUCUGCAUGAAGGAUUUUUUGUAAGGGGGAGCCGACAGAUCAGAGAGUUUCUGAAAGUUUUUUGAGAACUCUGAGAGGCUGUAAACAUACCAUCAUGUUGAUGACAAACGUGGUUCUCCUGCUCCUACUGGCCACCGUGAGUGCCGACAAGACCCUCAGCAGCCAUGCCACCAUCCUGGCAGACAACAGCGCAACUUUGGCAUUUAACCUAUACCACAACAUGGCAAAAGAGAAGGACAUGGAGAACAUCCUGAUUUCCCCCAUUGUGGUGGCCUCCUCUUUGGGUCUGGUUGCUCUUGGAGGGAAAUCAAACACUGCAUCCCAGGUGAAGACCGUCCUCAGCGGCACUUCGGUGAAAGAUGACCUGCUGCACUCAGGACUGUCUGAGCUUCUCACUGAGGUCAGCAACUCAACAGCACGUAACGUCACCUGGAAGAUCAGCAACCGGCUGUAUGGUCCCAGCUCUGUAAGCUUCGUUGAUGACUUUGUGAAGAAAAGCAAGAAGCAUUAUAAGUACGGGCACUCCAAAAUAAACUUCCGUGACAAGCGUAGCGCGGUAAAAGCGAUCAACGAUUGGGCAUCAAAGUCCACAGACGGCAAGCUGCCUGAGGUGACCAAAGACGUGGAGAAGACCGAUGGAGCCAUGAUCAUCAAUGCCAUGUUCUAUAAGCCACACUGGGAUGAGCAGUUCCAUCAUAAGAUGGUGGAUAAUCGUGGUUUCUUAGUCCAUCGCUCCUACACUGUCUCUGUACCAAUGAUGCAUCGCACAGGUAUUUAUGGCUUCUAUGAUGACACAACCAACAACCUUUUUGUUCUGGACAUGCCGCUGGCCCACAAGAUGUCUUCUGUGGUGUUCAUCAUGCCGUACCAUCUAGAAUCCCUCGAGAGAGUAGAGAAAAUAUUGACACGAAAACAACUUGACACUUGGAUUGGUAAACUUGAACAAAGAGCCGUUGCAGUGUCGCUGCCGAAGGUCAAUGUGGAGGUCAGCCACAAUCUGCAGAAACAUCUCGCUGAUCUGGGUCUGACUGAAGCUGUGGACAAGGCCAAAGCUGAUCUAUCUAACAUCUCAGGGAAAAAAGACCUCUACCUCUCCAAUGUGUUCCAUGCUUCAGCCAUGGAGUGGGAUAUUGAUGGAAAUCCACCCGACACCAGCAUCUUUGGUACCGACAAGCUCAAGAACCCCAAACUCUUCUAUGCUGACCAUCCUUUCAUCUUCCUAGUAAAGGACAAUAAGACAAACGCCAUCCUUUUUAUUGGCAGGCUGGUCCGGCCGAAGGGUGAUAAAAUGAGGGAUGAAUUGUAAUUCAUAUCCAAGCUCUUAUUUAAAUGUGAGUGUAUGUGUUUAUUGUGUGUGUGUUUGCUGAUUUGUGAAUGUGUGUAAGCAUUUAAAGAGGGCAGGAAAGUGAAUGGUAAGACUGAUACAUGGGAGUUCAUACCAUUUAAUAUGUGUGGACCAUAAUGUUUACUUAAAACAAUGCAAAUCUAUUUGACCAAGUAUCGCAAAUAAUGCACACUACAAGUCAUUAUGCUAACCUGAGUAUUGAAAAGGACAGCAUGCUUAUAUUAAGCAUGAUUUCCUAGAAACUGACCAAACAAUCCACAUGAACAGCAUUCUACUCAGGGGUUUAUCUGUUUUCUUUGCAUUUUGAUGGUUUGUUGAACACAUAACACACUAUGCCAAAUGUUGCACAAAUAUGUGGAUGUUACACAAAGUGCCUACAGGUUCAUCAUGCCAUACUGCAACAUUCCCACCUAGAGAGCAUGUGAUAUGAGCCCACACCUGUACACAGCUUCUCACUGAACAUUUUAGAGCUUGUUUUCACACUGCACCAAAACACGGUUGUCUAAAAUGUACAACUGUUCCUCCUUUUUUAAAUAAAAUAAGCAAUAAUGAGAAA